AACUAACCAGAUGGUGCGUGCUGUGGCUUACGACGGACGGUACAUACGAUGAUAGGUUGUCUAUCACCUUUUUGGAUUCCUGACCUCCCCCUCCCCUGAUCAUUUAUUUUACCAGGCGCGCACAGUGUUUUCGCAGGCCAGUUGGCUGGCAGCCUGCUCCGUUGCCUUUCUCACGGCCUGUACUGUGCAACGAGGCCCGCACCCCCGGUGGCGAGCGGAACCAACUGCUUGCUGCUUGCUGCACGCACACAUCGGCAGCUAGUCCUGGCCUGGCCGGGUGGCUGCCCAUCUCUUCGCCCUCUGGCCCUCUUAUUUCAGUUCAACGGCCCCAUCUUCUUUCCCAAUUUCCCAUGUUCGUUAGUUUCGGACCUCUAGUCGAUCGACUGUGGUGCUUGGCACCAUCAAAGUCAAGAUAUCCGAGCCAGGCUGGGCUCGGGUAGUCAAAUCCACUGGAUCAGCUUCGACGGGGAGCCCGUGCUUUCAAGAUGGCUCCUACCGCGUCCCUCGUCCUCCCCCGGGAAGGUGAAGAUGGCAGCGGCAACCUCACCGCCGGCGCCAUCGCCGGUAUUGCCUGCGGCGCCGGUGCGCUGUUCUUGGGCGCAGCCGCACUUUUCGUCAUCUACUGGCGGCGACAACGGCGGUACGACCGGGAAGACAACUCGGACGGGGAGAGCUUCGACGAGACGGGACCACAGGGCGCCAUGCCCGCCGUUACUUACACCAUGGACUACAAGAUGGACAACCCGCAACACCACGAGGGCGAUCAGGGCUCAUCUUAUACUUACUCGCCAGAGAAGGCAUCCUACUCCUUCUCUCCGUCGAGCGCCCCGGACACCGCCAGCGCGAUGCCCACUCACCCGGCGUACAUCCCGCGUGCCCUCGUCAGGGGCUCAACCCCCAGCAACCGUUCAAUAGCCACGGCGUCACCACCACCUUUCCCAAGCCCCCCAUUCCCAUCCGGUGGCUCUCACCCAAAGACCCAACCGCCCGAUGCUAUGAUCCAGGCCUACAUGGGGGCCGCCAUCGCCACCAACUCCAGAACACCCUCCACCACCACCUCCCAAACUCACGGCAGCAUCAACAACAACCACCACCACCACACAGAAUCCGACUCCUCCCUCGGCCUCCCCAUCCAACCCGCACCCCGCGGAAACAGGAGCCGCCAACCCUCCCCACCCAGCCUCACACUCCCCCCCUUCACCUCCCCCCCACACUCCGCCUCCUCCACCGACGCCAGCCAACAACCCCUCCACCCCCAAUCACAACCACAACCACAACCACCCCCCCAACCCCAACCCCAAGCAAACCGCAAACCCCGCGCCUACCUCCCCCCGCGCCUCAACCUCGCCGACGGCACGGCCCCCAAGCGCAGCAAGACCGACAAGCCCAUCUCCGGCAAAGAAGCCACCACCAUCUCGGGCCCGCUCGCCUUCCCCCACCUGGUACACCCACCACCGGCACCCGCACCACAACACCAGCCACACCAGCAGCAGCAAUCACGCUCUUACUCGCGCUGGGGCCGCAGCAACAAGAACGAUGACGACGCGGACGACCUGUGGGGCGGCGAAGACGGGUACGACGAGCCAGGCUACUCACAGUCGCAGUCGCAGAGCGACAGCCGGCGGACGUUCCGCAGCCGUGCAAUGUCGGGGAACAGGGACGGGCAGGACGGAGGGGGCCAGGGGAGUGGGAGUGGUGGUGGUGGUGGUGGUGGGAAGGGAGAGGGGGAGGGGAAGGGGAAGGGGAAGAAACACGGGCGGAAGCGGUCGGAUCGGAAUAGUGGGGGUUUCGCGGGGAAUCGGCACUAUGCUGAGAUUGAGAUUGGGAGGGGGAGUGAUAUUUGGUGA